AUGAAUCACGAUCCAUUUCAAUGGGGCAGACCCUCUGAUGAUGUUUAUGGGGCUUACAAUAGCAAGAUUGCCAAUGCUUCCCCUUACCCUUCGAUGAACACACAGCAACCUAUCGUGACAGGAACAUCUGUCAUUUCAAUGAAAUACGACAAAGGAGUAAUAAUCGCGGCAGACAAUCUGGGAGCAUACGGGUCUCUGCUGAGAUUCACAAAUGUCGAGAGAUUGUUCCCUGUGGGAGAGAACACGGUAGUGGGUGUAUCUGGUGACAUUUCGGACAUGCAGCACAUUGAGCAUUUGCUGGACGAGAUGCAGAUCGAAAACAACUACGACAAUCAAUACGCGGACGACGAGGAGGCUUUGAGGCCUAGCAACGUUUUCGAAUAUUUGGCGAAUGUCAUGUACAAUCGUAGGUCCAAAAUGAACCCGCUUUGGAAUGCAAUCAUUGUCGCUGGUUUAGAGAAUGGUAAGCCGUUUUUGAGAUAUGUCAAUCUUCUUGGGGUUACGUACUCGUCUCCCACGUUAGCCACCGGUUUUGGUGCCCAUUUGGCCGUUCCUUUGCUGCGGAAAGUAGUUGACAAGGAAGAAGAUGCGGCCAAAACAUCACUCGAGACCGCUAAGAAAACUGUGGAAGAGUGUAUGAAAGUAUUGUACUACAGAGAUGCGAGAUCUUCUCGGAAAUAUUCAGUGGCAAUUCUCGACAACGACAAGGGCCUGGUUUUCGAGAAGGGCGUCCAAGUGGAGGACAUGGUAUGGGGUUUUGCAAAGGACAUCCGAGGCUAUGGCACUCAAAAGGUUUAG